UCACUACAAGAAAUAGUGUUCCCUUUGACACUCGAACCCAAGGAGUGGUCCGAGGCUUUUUGAGGCAACCUAGGAUCAAUGUCGAGCUGAAGUUGGAGGCACUCUGAAGCAGAUUUGGUGAAGGAUGCAGUUCUCAUAAUUUACAGAGCAAUCACAGUCUUCUUUGAAACGGAGAAAUUAGAUUCCAUGAAAUUUUGUCAGUGCAGAUAGAUAUGAUGUGGAGAAACGGGGAAAACUGAGUACAAAAAGAUGAGGCUUGAAUGGUGGUUGGCCAUCAUUUGCUCAGAACCUCAAAACUUUGCUUUUGAAUCACUUGCUGGAUAUCUAAUAAAGUCUCAAUAAUAACUGGAUGACUUUGGGAGCUAGAAAGGGGGUUCCUCUUAAAGAAACAGGAAACUGGGCUGGGCGCGGUGGCUCACGCCUGUAAUCCCAACACUUUGGGUGGCCGAGGCGGGUGGAUCACCCGAGGUCAGGAGUUCGAGACCAGCCUGGCCAACAUGGCGAAACCCCAUCUCUACUAAAAGUACAAAAAUUAGCCUAGAGUGGUGGCGGGCGCCUGUAAUCCCACCUACUCAGGAGGCUGAGGCAGGAGAAUCGCUUGAACCCGGGAGGCAGAGGUUGCAGUGCGCCAAGAUCGUGCCACCGCACUCCAGCCUGGGCAACAAGAGCGAGACUCCGUCUCAAAAAAACAAACGACAACAACAACAAAACAGGAAACUGAAGCAUAGUGGAGGUGAAAUGCUUUUCCAAAGGUUAAUAAACAUAACGUCUACAGUAGAGCCUUCAGUUAACCUCUUACAUUCAUUUUAUGAGCGGGCUUUCUCCAUUAAUACCACGUUUUCAUGGUAUUGAAUAACUCAGGUUGAACAGUCUUUCCUGAAGCCUUUCUAUUCUUCCCACUCCUAAUACGAUGGCCUACUUUUUUGGGGUUUUUGUGGGGAAGGGACUGGUGUAUCAUUGCCAGAGAAAAGAGAAACCAUAUUUAACCAGGGCCUUAGCAGGGCAUGAGCACAGUCACAGCCACUUGCUCUUGACCUUGUGCUUUGAUUUCAGUUUAACACUUCUAAAUUUUUGUACUGCUUCCUCAUUCUCCUCUUUUGCCAGGCUCUGGGGAAGAUAUAGUUCAUGGACCUUUUUAAGAGUAUCUCGUUUUCUUUGUACCAUCAUUUCCCUUUCUGAUGUGCAGGAGAAAAGAAGUACCUGCUUUCAGACUUACCCUCUAGCCAAGAAAAGCACUAAGCCUUUGGUGCAAAGGAGAGGAAACUAUUUGGUAUAGAAAUACAGAAAAAUUCCCAUAGAUUUUUGUUAAUAAGCUGCAAUCUGUUGUCUUCCCAAAAAAUUGAGGUAUAUUUGAGAAACAUCUUCUUGAGAGGUCACUUUGGUCUCUAUAGAAUGUUUUCUCCUGACAUUUUCUUCUGUGCUAGUAUCUCAUGCUAAAAUGGUGAAAUUAUUUUUUCUCAUAUUCUGUGUGAACCAAAUUAAGGGUUACUCAUGUCUAUUUUUUUCUCAAAAUGGAAAUAAUUUUUUAUUAUAAAAUCCAUGCUGUUUGUAAAAAUUCAGUCUGUACUGAAGUACAUAAAAUACAAAAAUGAAAGUCAUUUUGACUCCCACUCCCCAGAGAUAAUCACUUUGUACAGUCAAUUCCUUGUUUAAAACGAGAGACGGCAACAUUUGAUCACAGCUGUGUGUGCCUCACUCUGCCUGGGGAUGGCCUGUGGUGAUUCAUGGACUCAUGUUCUCUGUUCACAUUACUCAGCAUGAUGUCUUCUUCUGUAGAGUGGGUGCUUUACGGAAUACAUGUUGAAUGAAAUCACUGAUCUAGGAAAAGUAAAAAUUCCUCAAAUGAAUACAGAAUACUUGUGCUACUGCUGAUGAUCAACACUUUAUACAGUGCCUGGUAUACCAAAGGUCUCUAAUUAAUAGAAGAUGGCAAAGCCCAGCCACAGCAGCUACGUCCUUCAGCAGCUAAACAACCAAAGAGAAUGGGGUUUUCUCUGUGACUGUUGUAUUGCAAUUGAUGACAUUUACUUUCAAGCACACAAGGCAGUUCUAGCUGCCUGUAGCUCCUAUUUUAGAAUGUUUUUCAUGAACCAUCAGCAUAGUACUGCACAACUGAAUCUCAGCAACAUGAAAAUUAGUGCAGAAUGUUUUGAUCUCAUUUUGCAGUUUAUGUAUUUAGGAAAAAUUAUGACAGCCCCCUCCAGUUUUGAGCAGUUUAAAGUGGCAAUGAACUACCUACAGCUAUACAAUGUUCCUGACUGUUUAGAAGACAUCCAGGAUGCAGAUUGUUCUAGUUCAAAAUGUUCCUCUUCUGCUUCCAGCAAACAGAACAGCAAAAUGAUAUUUGGGGUAAGAAUGUAUGAAGAUACUGUGGCUCGAAAUGGCAAUGAAGCCAACAGGUGGUGUGCAGAGCCAAGUUCAACGGUAAAUACACCACAUAAUAGAGAGCCUGAUGAAGAGUCUUUACAAUUAGGUAAUUUUCCUGAGCCACUAUUUGAUGUAUGUAAAAAAAGUUCCGUGUCCAAAUUAUCUACUCCAAAAGAACGUGUGUCAAGACGCUUUGGGCGGAGUUUUACCUGUGAUAGCUGUGGAUUUGGCUUUAGCUGUGAAAAAUUAUUAGAUGAGCAUGUGCUAACCUGUACUAACAGACAUUUAUACCAAAACACAAGAUCUUACCAUAGAAUAGUAGAUAUUAGAGAUGGAAAAGACAGUAACAUCAAAGCUGAAUUUGGUGAAAAAGAUUCUUCUAAAACAUUUUCUGCACAGACGGACAAAUACAGAGGAGACACAAGCCAGGUUGCUGAUGAUUCAGCUUCAACCACUGGAAGCAGAAAAAGUAGCACGGUGGAGUCUGAAAUAGCCAGCGAAGAGAAAAGCAGAGCUGCUGAGAGGAAAAGGAUUAUUAUUAAGAUGGAGCCAGAAGAUAUUCCUACAGAUGAACUGAAAGACUUUAACAUUAUUAAAGUUACUGAUAAAGACUGUAAUGAAUCCACUGACAAUGAUGAAUUAGAAGAUGAACCUGAAGAGCCAUUUUAUAGAUACUAUGUUGAAGAAGAUGUCAGCAUAAAAAAAAGUGGUAGGAAAACUCUAAAACCUCGAAUGUCAGUAAGUGCUGAUGAAAGAGGUGGUUUAGAGAAUAUGAGGCCCCCUAACAACAGCAGUCCAGUACAAGAGGAUACCGAAAAUGCAUCUUGUGAGCUGUGUGGACUUACAAUAACCGAGGAGGACCUCUCAUCUCAUUACUUAGCCAAACACAUUGAAAAUAUCUGUGCAUGUGGUAAAUGUGGACAAAUACUUGUAAAGGGUAGGCAGCUUCAGGAACAUGCUCAACGAUGUGGCGAGCCCCAAGAUCUGACCAUGAAUGGGUUAGGAAAUACUGAGGAGAAAAUGGACUUGGAAGAGAAUCCUGAUGAGCAGUCCGAAAUAAGAGAUAUGUUUGUUGAAAUGCUGGAUGAUUUUAGGGACAAUCAUUACCAGAUAAACAGUAUCCAAAAAAAGCAGUUAUUUAAACAUUCUGCCUGCCCUUUUCGAUGUCCUAAUUGUGGCCAGCGUUUUGAAACUGAAAAUCUAGUGGUUGAACAUAUGUCUAGCUGCUUAGAUCAAGAUAUGUUUAAGAGUGCCAUCAUGGAAGAAAAUGAAAGAGAUCACAGACGAAAGCAUUUUUGUAAUCUGUGUGGAAAAGGAUUUUAUCAGCGGUGUCACUUAAGAGAACACUAUACUGUUCAUACUAAGGAAAAACAGUUUGUUUGUCAAACAUGUGGAAAGCAGUUUUUAAGAGAGCGUCAGUUGCGACUGCACAAUGAUAUGCACAAAGGCAUGGCCAGGUAUGUCUGUUCCAUUUGUGAUCAAGGAAACUUCAGAAAACAUGACCAUGUACGGCAUAUGAUUUCUCAUUUAUCUGCUGGUGAGACUAUAUGCCAGGUCUGCUUUCAGAUAUUCCCAAAUAAUGAACAGUUGGAGCAGCACAUGGAUGUUCAUCUGUAUACAUGUGGAAUAUGUGGAGCAAAAUUUAAUUUGAGGAAAGAUAUGAGAUCACAUUAUAAUGCCAAGCAUUUGAAAAGAACCUAAGUGAUUUUCUACUGUACUAAUGUUUAGAUGAUAGCAGAUAAAACACCAAAGCAAAGGAUAUGAGCUAUUUAGGAAUUGAUUAUAUAAGAUGAUUUGUUAGAAACAAAUUUCAAGGCCCUUUUAACUUUAAUAUUUUUGUUUAGGAUUUUAAGUAUCUACAUUUAGGUAUUAAAUGUUUAUCAUUUUUGUUGUUUCUUAAUAGAAUUAUUUGUUUUUAGUUUUUCUUAGCUAUGAUUAAAGUUACUUUUUAAAUGUAGACUACAAGUGGUUGUUACCCAUUCAAUGACUAUUAAACUUUAGUUUUUCAUCAA